AAUUUUAAAGAAAUAAAAUACUCCCUAAUAUAAAAAAGGAGUUCUUCACACAUAAUUGGAAUUAAGUAUAAAUGCAAUUAGUUAGUGAGUUAUUAAAUGAUUUUUUUUCUAGCGAUGUGCAAUACUGCAAGAGUGUGUAACUUCUGAAAGCUACUUUUUUAUUAUGUUUGCUGGGAAUGUGGGUUUUGGUACAUGUUUUCAUCUAUUUUCUACCAAAUUUUGUAAUAGUUUUUUGUAUAUUAUACAAGCAUCUAUUUAUUGUUCAUAUUAGUGGCAUUCUUUUAUUCAUUCAUUUUCUUAUAAUUGCAGAGAUCUGGGUAUGAAGUUUACUUACUUGAAGCCCCAUACACGGACCCAGUGGGGUGUGCAGCACGGAAUGUGCAUGGUUUUACACUGAGUGAAAUACAGAAGUGGACUGAUGAGUGGGAAGAGGCUCCAUCAAUGUACUUGAAACUUGAUAUUAAGUCAUUAAUUCACGGGGAUGAUCUUGAGCAUGGUGCGAUACAAGAGGUAGACAUGGACAUGGAAGAUGGAGAUGCAUCAGCAGGACCAUCUACUUCUGAACAAGGGAUUAGCGGGAGUGCUGUAGUACCACCAAUGGAAAUAUGUUCCGAUGGUCAUUCUAAAAGUGUUUUGAGUUGGGAUGAUGACGAAUCAGAACAUCCAAUUAGUUUAGUGAAUGAUAUAGGGAAGAGUAAAUGGUCAACUGAUCUGGAUGAGGAUGAUGUGCCAAAAUAUGAAAAUACUCACAAGAAAUCAAAUGGCUCUGGUUUCAUCCAAUCUUCUCGAAAAGAAGGUAAAACAGUAUGUUGGGGGGAUCAGGCUGCCAAAGCGGGGUUUUCAAUAGGAGCAAAAAAAGCGGCUAAUGUAUCAUUAGUCAUUGGUCCUGGGGCAGGAUACAACUUGAAAUCAAACCCCAUUGCUGAAGGAGAAGAGAGUAUGCCAUCAAUUGGUGGGUGGCAGACGAAGAGGAGGCAGGGGGUGUUCCAAGAACAAUUGCGGGCUGAGCAAGAGUCCUUCAAGGCUGUUCUUGACAAAAGGCGUCAGCGAGUUGGGGGAUUUGUUGGAGAUGAGGAGUGAGUACGUCCAAUUCGUUUGUGUAAUAUUGCCAUUGAUCGUUUAGUGUAUAAGUUGGUCGGUAUUAGUACAUUAUAGGAGAGAUUAUAAGACGAAUGCAUGAGAUAUCAGAUGAACAACAUUCUUUACUGUGUUUGUUUGUUGUACUAGUGUACAUUAUAUAAUAUUGAGCACAAGUUUGAAGGGAAAGGCCUU